GCAGUUCUUCUUCUACUACACAACGGAACAGGUCGCGAUCAACGUAGACUACAGCCUUGGAAGAUGUGCGAUCUCGCGAUAAACGUCAAGUCAAAUAUUCCGUGAAACUCGAAAAAUCAUGAGCUUUCUAAUACGCGCUUCGUAAUUCGGUUAAAUAGAAUUUAUCAUAAGGAUUUUCUAUCGGAAAUCGUAGUUUGAACCCUUAUUUUAUUUGUGCGGUAUUUAGUGAACCCCAACUAAUAUUAUUAUCAUUAGAUAUUAGUUACGAUGUGAUUAUUUAUUGUUAAAAACAGUCGAAAUUUCAGGGUAGGAUAAUACUCAAUGGCUGAAUGGCCUUGGGAGGUGCCAGAUGGAAGCGAAAUCAAAUGUCGUGAUAGUGCCAUGGCUUCCAGUGGUACUGUUUGUUAUAACGCUUUAUCCAAUGGAAAUUACAUCGGCAGCGACGCUGAUCGUUACCAGACACAACAAUGGAGAUAUAUUUACUCAAAUGACAGGACCAGAUACAAAAUGCAUGCCGGAUACUUGCGUAGGUAUAAGCAGCGGCACUGCUACUGCAUUAUCCGAUCAAGAUAUGUGUACAUGUCGGUGCCAUCCUCAUCUACCGGCCUUCAGAGAAGAUCUUCAUAUCUGCGUAGAUGACAUUCACGAAUGCUUGUUGGCACCUUUCGUCGGUGGAUCCACUUCGCAACAAAUACCAUUCGUUUACCUUCCUCUGAAAGGACAAGUUAUUUAUCCUGGAAAAGAAAUAUCCUUCAACGGCGUUCGUUCAUCUAUUUGCGCAGUAUCGGGAGCUAAAUAUAUGUCGGCAGAUGGUUGGGUUGAUUUACGGAAUCCAGUUGGUUCUGAUAUUCCUUUCAAGCUUCAAAAGGAUAACGGACGUACGUUUUUGCAGUGGUCAGGAAACGGCGAAUUACGCAACAAGUUGUCAGGCAAAUUAAUAAUAGUGAACCUAGUGUGCAGAGAAACCGAAUUAGAAUCGACGGACUUUCCUAGAAUUCAAAUGCUGUUUUCGCCAUGUGUAGCUUUCCGAGUAGUCGGGUCUUCGAGCAACCAACUAGCCAGCAACGUAAGUGAAGUCGCCUUCGUUAUCGACCAAAACGCGACGAAGGAAAACGCUACUAGCGAUACGUUGAGCAUUUCCGAAUACGUCGCUAUAGGAAUUUGCUCGAUCCUACUGGGUCUGAUUUACGUCGCGUCCGUUUUUCUCUAUUUGCAUAUCAGAAAGAAGAAAACUAAUUCUAGAGAUAAUCGUCGAGAUAGUAGAUGUACGAGGGACAUCGAAGAAGGUAUCGUCAAAAGCAAUCCACUUUUGUCCAUACCGACACAUUUUCUACCAGGCGAUGCGGCAUACAGCGACACGAACAGCAGCGACAACGAAAAUACGCCGGACGUAAUCAACCAACACGAAGAACGCAAAAAACACACGUCGGUCGUAAUCCACGCUCAGAAGUCUUAUAAUUCUCGUCGGCGAUCUCAAUUUUGUUCUUUCGAUAAUUAUCAUCAAGAUUCGAAUACGAACGAAAAAUUACCCGAAGAAAACGUUUCGAUUAUCGAAACGUUGGAAGGAAGAGAAGAAAAACCGGAAAAUAUCAAAUCGUUGACCAGUUCCACCAGGAAGAAACUCUAUUUCAAUCCGGCUUAUUUCGAACCGCACUUACUAUUGGAACCGCCGCCGGGCGCGAUCGAUUUUUUAUCGAAAAUUCGCGAAGUGAUUUCGAUAGCGAAACAAAAACUCGAAUCCAAACGCUUCCAACCGAGUUUGAUGAACAUACCGGAAGAAGAAGAUAAUCCGUAUCCGAUGGAAACUUUGUACGGUUUGAACGCUCCGUCGAUCAGUCGACGCAGCAGCACCGUAAGUUUGAAGAGAGAAAACAGUCGAAGAAAAACUUGUACCGGUUGUCCGGGUUGCGAACCGCAAGAUUUCAAUUCCGUAAACGGGAAACUACCCGAAUUCCCGUCGUUAGCCGCGUGCCGUAACUGUACUUCGAAUACGAACGAAAGUAAACAAAGAAUAAGGAAAUGGUUGGAAGAUGUACCGAUUAUAAAAGUUCCCAACGACGUUGCGCAAAAAUCGAUCGACAAUUGUCAGAAAAAGAUAAGAUUACCGACGAAAACGCUUCCCGCUUCGUCCGAAAAACAAAAUAAAAAACUACCGCCGAUAAAUCGUAAUAAAAACGAAGAAGACGUUUAUUGUACCGUUCCUGUACUACCUUCGACCGAUAUGGUUAAAAAUCGUACGGAAUUUGAUAGGAGAGAAGAGAAAAUCGCCACUUUAACUAAGGAACAAAUGAACGCCGUCAUUUACGAAUUCACCAAACAUAAAAAUCUAUUGGAAAACAAAGAGGAAGAAGAACAAACUGUCGAAUACGAAACGGACAGUUUGGAAAGAACGCCGCGUAAAGGUUUUUCGACGCCUUCCGAAUACGCGGAAGUAUCGUCCUCUUCUCAACCGAGUCCGAGUCUUAGUUCCGUUCUACCGGACCACGAAGAAUUGACGAUGAGAAACGCGAUAAUAAAUAAAAGAACCGGCAACAUGACGAUUUCUAAAAUCAACAUGGAAGCCCUACAAGAAGACGAACACGAUUACGAACUAAUAGUAAUGAAAAAAGGAUCUUCGGUUAAUAGGGAAAGUUGUAAACUUGCCGAAUUACUACAAAAAAAUAAGGGAUACAGUUUAGUAAGCGAGGUGUACGUAAAUAACGGUUACAAUUACGGUAGCGCCCCUUCGACGCCGAGUAAUUCCCGUUAUUCGACGUUGGAUACGAAACAGCUCAAAGUUAAAUAUGAAGGAACCGCAGAAAAACCGGGAAAAUUAUUAAUAGAAGUCGAAGAUUGUUUGGACAAUUAUAUUCGCGUAAACGAUUCCGACGAAUUCGAACAAGAUACUUUAGAUAGAAAAUCGAAUAGAAAUUCGAUUAGGAGAUCGCAAUCGCAAUCGCAAUCGAAUAAUUACGACGAUUCGUUGGAACGUCCUUCUAAUAUUUUGCUCACGACCAAUGGGAGUUUUCGUAAUCGCAACGAGGUCGUCGAUUCGAUUGAGGAACCUCUCGAUUCCGGUAAUUUCAAUCGAUUAUUCGGUAGUUUGAGAGAAAUUUAUGAAGCUAAAACGAGAAACGGUUCGAGCAGGAAAGAUGAGGGAUACGCUUAUAUAAGCGACGAGGAAAAAGGGAGGAUACUCACUUUGGAAGAGAGACAUUGUAGGAGGCAGAGAUCGAAAGUGCAACCGGACCUUAUUCCGCCACCGAUAUACGAUCGGAUCGAUUCGACGCAAAAAAUUUCGAAUUGUUUAGAUAAUGGUGAAGAAAACAAUCCGUUUCGAUCAAAAACCGAUCAUCUUCGGGGUGCCGGUAACGGUAGCGGCGGCGGCGGCGGCGCUUCAGAUUCUCGUACCGACGAAUACAAAUUGUGCCUUUUGCAAAAAUCGAAAAGAAACGGCAACAUAACGAACCUCAUCCAAACCGAAGAUUUCAUUUUAAAAAAAGGCUGUAACGAUCAAUUCAUUUUCCAUUCGGUGGUCAGCCCCCGGCGACCGUUCCACCAUUCCAAGGACAAACUCACCUGGCAAAAUACUUUGAAACCGGAAGAUUCCGGUUACCUGAGUUCCGAUUCCAACGAAUCUCGUUUGAAUAACGUGAAAUUGACCGUUCUGGAGCCCAUAGGUAGCGAAACGGACGAAAGUUGUUUAGAAGACGCUCGUAGCGAAUCGGGCGCGGAAAGCGUCGAAACGCAUUCGGUAUUUUUCGGAAGAUUCGAUAGGAACGCGGGUGUGAGUUGUUACGGGUCGAUGGAUAGCGGAGUGAUCGGCGGAGAGGAAGGAAUAUCGAGUAGUGAUUCGGAGACGGUUAGCUACGCCACUGUUAUACCCGUUACGUCGGAUCCAUUUUAAAACGAAAAAAAAAAAAAAAAA